AUGCACGUCGCCUUUUUGUCGAAUCCGGCCUCGGGCCAGGUCAAUGUGCAAAUGGCGACUGCUCAACAGCUUGUAUCGGAAGGUCAUCGCGUUACGUUUCUGUCUGCGGAUUCGUGCGCCAAAAAGAUCGACCAGCUCAGGAAUGCGCAAUUGCCUUUCCAGCAAAGCCUGAUUGGCUUUGUUGGCUUGGGUACGAGUCAUAAUGACCGCAUGCAUUUGAUGCGAAGUCCACCCGGCGAUCCCUCUAGUCUGGAAUUAUGUAUUGACGCGGCUCUUGGACCUGCGGAGGACUUCGCGGAAACAGCUCUCAUGGUGGCUGACCAGAUCAAUGCGUUGGACCCUAAUAUCAGUGAGUCUAUCGUUAUACUUUGGCCUGUGCAUGGAGCUGACAAUGCAUUAGUCUGCGUCGAUGCUUUGACUCCUUCACUCAUCACCGGUGUCCGUUUGACGAAACGGAAAUUUAUACUUACCAUCCCCUGCUCGCCGGGGACGAGCGCCCUACCUGGAGCGUUCGAACCACAUAUGAUGGCCUCAAACCGUGAGGGAUCAUUGGGAACGUUUAUUGAAAACGCAUACCUGAAUUUCCGCGAAUACUACUACAGCGUAACUCAACCAGACUGCGUCGCCAAACGCGAAAUUCUCACAAAGCGCUUCAAUCUUAAAUCUUAUGGAGUCGCACAAGAUACAGCACUCCUACCACCACACUGGGAAGAUGAAAACUGCGUGGCGGGCAUCCACUUCAACACACUAGGCCUGUUCGACUGUCCCAAACAAUCCUCCAAAAUAGUAUUCGUCGGCGCAGGCGUCUCAGUCGACACAUCCUCAACCUUUUGUCCCGAGCUAGCCUGGAUGGAUGAAGCCAUGCUCCACGGAGACGACGUGAUCUACAUGAACAUGGGCAGCAUGUUCAUCUGGCAAAAGCACGAGUUCUGGAACUGUAUCGCAGGCUUUGAAGCAGCCUACAAGCAGCGCGGCGGCCGCGUGCGCUUCCUCUUCAAAAUCAACUUUCCCAUCGACUGCCCGCAACACAACUUCUCAACAGACGAGCUACCGCCUUAUAUCCGGCUCACGAACUGGAUCGAUAAUCAGCAUGCUAUCUACUCGCACCCCGCGCUGAAGAUCUUCAUUCACCACGGUGGAGGCAAUUCCUUCAACGAGGCUGUUUACUUCGGCGUGCCGCAGCUGAUCCUGAGUCAGUGGCUGGAUACACACGAGUACGCCAACUACGCAGAGAAGUUUAAGCUUGGAUUGCGAAGUGAACGGCCGCCCCAUGUUGAGGCGCACGAUAUCGAGGCUAAGGUCCUCAAGAUGCUUGGUCCGCUUUGGUCCGAGUAUAAGGCCAAUUGUCAGUCUUGGGCGAUUCGAAGUCAAAUAGGUGGCGGUACGGCAUCUGCCGCUAAAAUUAUUGUUUCGCAUGCAGAGGUUACGCGAAGUCAAGAUUCUAUCUUGACGCCGCCGUUUACGCCGGUUGAGUCACCUGUCUUGGAAAAGGACAACGAGGCGCUUCAGGAUAUUGUAAUUUGCUCAUGA